AUGGAACCCAUCUACAAAAACAACCGUGUUACCGUUCAAAAGCCAGAGGCUGUCUCUCAUCUCCGAGAGGGUAUUGCAUUGCUUUUUUCCCGAUGGAAUGGACUUCAAAUGGCUAUCCAAAAUGAGUGGGGUGGCCACGAUUCCCUCCAGAAAUCCCACCAGCUCGCCACCGAUGUCUUGUCUUGGUUCGCUCAAUCUAGAGGACCACUUUAUGUUGAAGAUUUGGAGAAUUUGCUUCAUGAAAACUUGCUGCUUUCUUUCAACACAGAGAUUGAGGACGGCAGCAUUGAGGAGGUUGCAGAACAACUGAUAAUGAUGCAUGAAGAAUACUUGCACAGAAAUCAUCAGACAAAAUGUUGAGUUGCCCAAGAGUUUGAGUUAAAAAGGCUUAUCAAGAUUCAUGCCCAAGAUUUUUUCAUCUGCAGGGUUGUUCUGUUCUGCUAUAAUUCUUAUUAGGCUUCAUUGUCAACAGACAAGCAAGUACAAGCGUUUAUGCCUGUGAUUGCACAUCUUUGUAAUUAGUGUGUAUUAGUGAUGUACAAUAAUGUAAGAAGUAACUGCAUUCCUAAUUGUUCCUACAGAAACCUUCUUUUAUUGAAGAGAACAUUAUGGAAAACCAUUA